ACAUAUAUUUUAGAAAUGUACACCCCUAAUAAAAAUAAAAACAGCGAUAUUGGAGAUUUCUACGAAUUAUUGGGCGUUUCUAGAAAUGCAAGUGAACAGGAAAUUAAAGAUGCUUACAGAAAAUUGGCUUUGAAGUAUCAUCCAGCCCAAGAACACUUCAAAAUGAUAAGCAUUGCUUAUUCUGUACUUUCUGACCCAAACAAACGAAGACAAUACAAUGUUUCUGGUCCGUCUACAGCAAUGGCUAAUUUUGAGGGUAUUGACAUUUCUGAACUUGGUGGAUUCGGUCGGUUCUUUGGAGCUAUGGUAUCUUCAUUUGGCUUUAAAAUCCCAACACAAAUUCGACCCAAAGUUUUGGCUCAAGCCAUUGAUAUUUGUAAAGGAAAGGAGUCUGAUACAAGUGUCAGAAGGCUCAUACCCGGUGUUCCAAUCGACAAUUCUAUGAGCAAUCAAGAAGCCCAUUUUUAUAGAUUUGAUGUUUCAAAUGAUUCUAGACAUGGAGUAAUUAUUCGCUGCAAAUCCCAUUCCAAAAGUAAAUUCAAACUGGUGCUAUUUGAUAAAGAUGGAAGUGUUCGUGACAUUAAAGAAAGCCAAAAACGAAAGCAUUGCACUUCGGCAGAAUUGUUCUUUUUACCUUUCCAAAGAAUUGAAAUUCCUGAAUUUUCUCCAAUGCAUCAUUUAAUGGAAGAUAAAGAAACGCCUUUGCCUUUUCACUAUUUGGAUGCGUUGGAAACUCAAGGCGCUAACUUGUCCGAGUUGAUUCAACCAAAUUAUAUUCUUUGUGUUUAUGGAGAUAAUUUUCUUUCACAGGUCAAAUACAAAAUCACAUUUUUACCUUUACCAAUAAAUGAACAAGCUAAUUUGGCAAUUGAAACAAUUAGACAAAUUGAGCCUGUUUUGCAAAAUAAAAAACAAGAAAUGAAACAAUUCCAAAAAGAAUAUAUGGACCUUAAAACAAGAUGGGAAGCAGCAAAAGCAAAGCUCAAAAAAGAAGAUGAAGAUAUAACAAAUUUACUUAAAGCAAGGGAGGAAGGUUAUGAUAGAUUAUUCGAUGCUUGUAUGUUAGCCUAUCGUCCAGUGAAUGUUGAAGUAGCAACAUCAAAUGGAGGAGGCGGAUUUUUUUCAUUCCUUGGAAAAUGA